AGCGCGAGAACGAGGUGGGGUUGGAGGCGCUGCUGCGCGGGCUGUACGAGCGCAUGUGUCCGCGCGAUCCCGACUACAACGUGCGGCUGGAGCUCGUCGAGCGCAUCAACAUGCUCGUCGCCUCCGUGCCCGCCUGCAAAGGCAUGGAGGUGGUGCCGUUCGGGUCGUUCGCGUCGGACCUGUUCUCGCCGUGGGGCGACCUGGACCUGUCGCUGGAGGGCGAGGUGCGCAGCACGGGGGGCAACGGGCUGCGCCGACAGGGCGUCAACAUACUGCAUGCCAUUCACUACCGCCUGCUGCACACAGGCAUGGCGCGGGGAGUGCAGAUAGUGGCGCACGCGCGGGUGCCGCUGGUGAUGUUCACGGACGCUGCGACGGGCAUCGCGUGCGACCUGUCCGUGGGCAACGGCACGGGCGUCUUCAAGUCCACCGUCCUGCGCUCGCUGCUCCGUUUCGACGCGCGCUGCCGCCCGCUGCUCUUCCUCGUGAAGGCGUGGGCGAAGGCGCAGGGCAUAAACGACCCCAAGGGCGGCUCGCUCAACUCCUUUGCGCUCGCGCUGCUCGUCAUAUUCCACCUGCAGACCGUGCAACCGCCCAUCCUCCCGCCCGUCCGCCACAUCCUCGGACGACUGGAGGGAAUGGAGCAGAAGGCGGUGAGGCAUCAGCGCAUAGCAGAGUGUGAGGAGCGGGUGGAGAGCAUGAUAGCAGCGCGGGACAAGGGCGAGCCAGUGGAAUGGGGUGGGGCGGGGAAGAACACCAGCUGUGUCGCCGUGCUGCUCGCGUCUUUCUUUGCCAAGUACGAUGCAGUGCGUGAGCAGUGGGCGCAGGGCCUGGCGGUGCGGCCGCUGACGGCAGAGUGGGGCGACCUCACGGUCACGCACUCAUCAUUCGCCCAACGCAGCUACUCCAUGAUCGUGGAGGAUCCAUUCGACCCACGGGAGAACUGUGCGCGCUCCGUGCAGCCGCACUCCUUCCCCAGCGUCUGCGACGCCUUUGCAGCCGCAGCACGCGCCUUCUCGCCCCUCCCGCCCGCCCACUCACUCCGCCAGCUGCGCGUGGCCCUCUUCAAAUGGCCGUCCAACCAGGCACGCCCCUCCUUCACCACCUCGCACCCCGUUGACACCAUGCCUGUGCGCUUCAACCGGGGAAACCAGGGCAGAAUGGGGCCGAAAGGAGGGGGUGGCGGAGGGGGAGGGGGAGGGGGAGGCGGGGGCGUUGGGAGGAGUCCAGGGGAGGAUUGGGUGAGAGGGGGCGGACCCCAACCCCACCACGCAUACCCCCCUCUCCAAUCCUCCGCUCCAGCUGCUCCCACCACUCUCAACCUCCCCGUAAAUCCCCAAUCCCCUCUACUUUCCGCCACUGCCCCUCGUGCCGUCAGCCCAUACCUAUCUCCAUACCAGCUUCACAACCCAGCGUUCCCAGGCAUGCGGUUUGGACCGUCAGGCUAUCCUCUAGGGCUUGCGGCCUCGCAUUUGAAUCCCCAUAUGGGUCUUGCUCCGCUUGGCCCUGGGCUAGCAGAAGUGCUCAGUCUCGCCCGCCCCACUCUUGGUCCUCCACACCCCUUGGGCUUCGGAGGCUUGCGAAGUGACUUCUCUGCAGCUGCUGCUGCUGGUCCUAUCCCUCCUGCUGCUCCCGCUGGUGCUGCUGCUGCUGCUGGCGGCGGCGGGGGCGGUGGAAGCAGCAGCACCAGUUCUGGCCAUGUGGCUGCGGCGGGAGUAGCGGCGUCGGAUGCAAGGGGAGGGGGCGGUGCAUCAGGGGAAGUUGCGGCAGGGAACGUGACCGGAGGGGUGUCGUGGAGUGUGGCUGGGGACAGGAGUCAUGGUGUGUUGAUCGACCGAGGCAAGGCAACAGCAGCAACGGCAGGGACACAAGAGGGCAUGGAUGGUGGGCGGCGAGGGAGGCGGAGACCAAGGAAGGGGAGAGGAGGAGGAGUACAGAGAGGAGGGGGCAACGGGGCAGGGUACCAUGGGGACGAGGCAUGGGCGGACACAGAGUCAGAACGCAGAGAGCAGCCCCCGCCACCACCCAGCCAUGCCAUGUGGUCGUGGGGGGAUCAAGGGCAAACCGGGGUGGGAGGGCAACAGGGCGGCAUGCAAGGUGUGCAGGGGGUGACACAGGGCGGACAGGGAGGAGCACAUGGGCAAAGAGGAGCGCAGGCUGGGCAGGGAGGGCAGGAGAGGCAUGGGGCAGGGCGAGGAGGGUGGAAGCAGCAUGCUGGGUGGCAUGGUCGUGGUGGGGGUGCGCAGGGGUAUGGGUAUGGAGGUGUGCAGGGUGGGCGAGGAGGGGGUGUGCAGGGGCAGCAGCAGAAUGGGUACCAGGGUGGCCAAGGAGCUGUGGGGAAUGUAGGAGGUGCUGGUGCUGGUGGUGCUGCAAACAACUCUAGGAGGAAGCGAGGGGGGAGAAAGGAUCAGGUGUGGAAGGAGAAAGGUGGUGGUGAAUAA